UUUAAACAAGAUGGGACCGAAAUGGACAAGGUAGUGAAAUGGGGACAGGAGUACUCAUAUGUUUUUCCAAUCUGGUUUGGCCCCUUUCUCAGUAUCAUCAUUAUUCAGCAUCCAGAUUAUGCAAAAACUAUCCUGACAUCAUCAGAGCCAAAAGAUGAUUUUGCCUACCGUUUUGUGGAGGGUUGGAUUGGAAAUGGGUUGUUGGUGUCAGAAGGUCAGAAGUGGUUCCGCCACAGAAGGCUCUUAACACCAGGUUUCCAUUAUGAUGUUUUGAAACCAUACGUAAAAUUGAUGUCAGAGUCUGCUGAGACUAUGUUGGUACGUUGAAGACAAUUUAGUUGCAUAAUUGAUAAAUAAAAUCAAAGUCAUGAUGUGUUGGUCAGCACGUGUCAGUAAAUAUCAUAGAAGUAAAGCAGGAGCAGUGUCUGUAUCCUGCAGAGAGAUCACAUCUUGACAGGGGAUUUCUAAGAGAGAAGGUAGGAACGAAGAUUGACUAGACAGAGAGCAAGGAAGUGAGGAAAAACAGGAGGAUACAGAAGUGUUUAACGUGCAUGAACUAGUUACACUGUUAGGAGAGAGACCCAUACUAAAAAUUGACGUAAAUGGCCAACCCAUGACUAUGUUAUGCGACACAGGUGCAUGCAAAACUGUGCUAAAUCAAAAACCUAAUAACCUGAAAUUUUCAAAAGAGACCCUGAUAGUUAAGUCUGCAUCAGGUCACACUAGUGUAAAAUCUCUAACAGAAGGGCUACUGCUAGUGCAUAGAGAAAGUGGCAGGAGCUGUAAAAACCAAUGUAUAUACGAUCCAUCCUGUCCAGUCAACCUCCUAGGGAGAGACAGCAUGGCGUAGUGCCAGGAGCACAAGACAUGCACGCAGAAUUAAUGUUAAACUAUGAAGAGGUAGAAGAAGAGGGACAGAUUAAUUAUAGCAGUGCGGGAAAAGGAGUGCCCCACUACUAUUGGACUCUAAACCUUCCACCAUUAGAGCCUCUACAGAGGUUGGCAGAGAAGUAUUUGCCACCAGACUCCCGACCACUUGCUUUUGAUGAGUAUCACAACACCCUAAGAUUUAAACAAAGCCCAGGCCCAGAUCCUUCAUAUGACACACAAAUUCACAGAUUAGGCCCACAGAAGCUUACAUUGCAGCACCUCUAUGUAACU